AAAAGCAAAUUAUAACCUCACACUUAUCUAUCUCCAUAUUAUUACUGUUCAGUUUUUACACCGUGAGAAAAUAACCAUCCAUUUCAACCAGUAAUGCAAAAUGAGUAAGCCAAGCAAGCAGGAGUUAUCAUCCACAUGUCAUGUGAGGAUAGGUUAGCUCACAGCAGCCUCAAAUGAGACAUCACUUGACAAUAAUAAAUACACAGAAUGCAUUGCAUAAGACAUAAGUUGUGUGGUUAAGAGGUUCAUUGCUGUGAGGGAUAAGAUUUUGCAGUGAACUAUGGCUUCUGCAUCAGCAUCUCUUCUCAAGUCAUCACCUGUUCUCGACAAGUCUGAAUGGGUGAAGGGACAAACCCUCCUCCGACAACCUUCUAUGUCAGUCGUAAGAUGCAACCCCGCCGCUCCAUCGAGUCUCACCAUCAGAGCUGGUUCCUAUUCUGACGAGCUCGUCAAGACCGCGAAAACAAUUGCUUCACCGGGGCGUGGUAUUUUGGCUAUGGAUGAGUCUAAUGCUACAUGUGGGAAGCGUUUGGCUUCAAUUGGGUUAGAGAACACUGAAGUUAAUCGCCAAGCAUGGCGUACCCUUCUGGUGACAGUUCCAACACUUGGACAGUACAUUUCUGGUGCCAUUCUCUUUGAGGAGACUCUCUACCAAUCCACUACUGAUGGAAGGAAAAUUGUCGAUGUGCUUACCGAGCAAAACAUUGUUCCCGGUAUCAAAGUUGACAAGGGUCUGGUGCCCCUAGCUGGUUCCAACGAUGAGUCAUGGUGCCAAGGUCUAGACGGUCUUGCGUCUCGUUCAGCUGCAUACUACCAGCAAGGUGCCCGUUUCGCCAAAUGGCGUACUGUUGUGAGCAUCCCAAACGGUCCCUCUGCUCUGGCAGUCAAGGAAGCAGCCUGGGGUCUGGCUCGCUAUGCUGCUAUUAGUCAGGACAAUGGGUUGGUCCCAAUUGUGGAACCAGAGAUCUUGCUUGAUGGAGAACACGGUAUUGACAGGACUUAUGAAGUAGCCCAGAAGGUUUGGGCUGAGGUUUUCUUCUACCUUGCUGAGAACAAUGUCGAGUUUGAGGGUAUUCUCCUCAAACCUAGCAUGGUUACACCUGGAGCUGAGAGCAAGGACAAGGCCUCUCCUGCAAAGGUUGCUGAGUAUACCCUCAACCUCCUUCACAGGAGAAUUCCCCCUUCUGUCCCUGGUAUCAUGUUUUUGUCUGGUGGACAAUCUGAGGUUGAAGCAACUCUCAAUUUGAAUGCCAUGAACCAAUCUCCAAACCCAUGGCACGUGUCGUUCUCAUAUGCAAGAGCUCUUCAAAAUACCGCAUUGAAGACAUGGGGAGGACGCGCAGAGAAUGUGAAGGCAGCACAAGAUGCGCUCCUUUUCCGCGCCAAGUCAAACUCCAUUGCUCAGCUUGGAAAGUACACUGGUGAGGGUGAAUCCGAGGAAGCCAAGAAGGAAUUGUUCGUCAAAGGCUACUCCUAUUAAAAUAUUGGUAGUGAAUAUGAUGAUACAUGUUAGACAGCAGCACUAGCAGUUAAUGAUGGUGUUGACGGAGGAUUGAAUAUUAUGUAAGACUAAUUUGUCGAAAAUGUGUGAUGUUUUAUAUAGUCUUGGAAACUAUUUUUUAUUUUUCUCGUUUGUGGUUAUUAUUACAUGCACUGUUACAACUUCCAUGAAAUAUUUUGCUAUGAGUUUGUACUUAAA